UAAUCAUCCACAUGACAGCGAGGACAGCUCGCUGAUAAAAAGUACGAGAAUAGAGUGAGAAUUUUUCUAUUCUCAAGCUAUUUUUUCAAUUAAUUCAAUUAACAUUAAUGCAUCAUUGGCACUAACAUCGAAACCGAUUAGAAUCACUGAUUUCCAGAUUAAAUCAAGUUUUGACGAUGACUUAUAACCUGGAUGAGAUGAAUUGGUCGGACGUUCGGAAUUUGUUCCGAAAUUGGCGAGACGAUAACGAGCGUAAGAGUGACGAGGUAAUGCAACUGUGGGAUGCAAUACUAUCGGACAAACAAAGCAAGUUGGGGAACGAACGUCAUCUGGUGCUGGAACAAGUGAUGAUCGCUGCCCUCGAUUGCAAUCGAAUAGAAACUGCCGAAGAUUGUAUCCGGAUACUGACAGCGGAGUUUCCCGGUAGUUUGCGAAUACAGAAGUACAAGGCAAUGCUGCUUGAAUCACUGGAACGUUACGACGAUGCGCUGGAUGUACUCGAGCAGAUAAUCAAGAAGGAUGCAACGAAUGCGGCUCCACGAAAACGGAAAGUAGCAAUCUAUAAGGCCCAGGGAAGAACGAGCGAAGCGAUUCGGGAACUGUGUGAAUAUAUGAAACGAUUUAUGUCCGAUCAAGAGGGUUGGCAUGAACUGUGCAAUUUGUAUUUAGCAGAAGGCGAGUACGCAAAAGCUGCCUUUUGCAUGGAAGAAGUAUUGCUUCAUAAUCCACACAGUCAUCUGAUUCAUCAAAGAUUGGCCGAUAUUCGUUAUACAAUGGGCGGAUUGGACAACAUUGAAAUUGCUAAGUCCUACUACUGUCAAGCUGCUAAACUCAACAAUAAUAACCUGAGGGCACUUUAUGGUUUAUUCCUUUGCUGUGGACAUAUUGCCAAUUCAAAAGCAACCCUAAGCAAGCGAAAAGAUGUUCAAAAGUUGGCUCAGUGGGCAAUCGACCAAAUAAAGCUGAAAACAACGCCUGAGGCGUCAGUUAAGCCUGGUAAAAAUUCAAAAGAAGAUCUCAAAGACGAAGUAGCUGCCCUGGAGCAAGCGUUUGGAGGAUUGGAUAUUGCCAAGGCGAAUUGACAAGAUGACCACCAGCUGCGCUUUGAAAACAUUGUCACGAACAACUCUUCGCUAUCAACCGUCUAUCAUUUUCUGUCGUAGCUCAUAUUCCAUAGUUUGGUAAUCUGAAAAAAAAUAACAAAGCAACAUUUUUGGUUCCUCUCGACCAAGAAUUGUGUUAUCGUAAAUGCUAAUCUAUUUAAUCUCUUUGCAUAAAGCAUUAAGAUCAUUAGUCUAAUUCGGUUCAAAAACACGAAAUCUACUUUGAACACUGGAAACAUUUCAAGGCUAGGGAUGCCCUAUCAGAACCAUCCACCGUAGAUCACGAUUUCAACGACAAAAAUCCCAUUUCUUACGAUAAUGUCUAAUCACUUUUUUGUACAAAUCAUCCCACAACUGCUGCUGGAACACUUUGUUCUCAUUGCUGUAUAUUGCAUUGAUCGAUGUAAAACAUUUAUAAUCCUAUAAAUUAUUUUUAAAUUGCUAAGGUUAACCGAGUUUAACUGAUGCCUCAAAGACACAGAAUUCCGGAAAAGCUGAACAGCCUGUAAGAGUCAUAAAAAUGAAACAAUAAGAAGUAGUAAAAUUUUAUGUUCUUUGCAUUGGAAUAAAUAUAUUAUAGUCGUUUGGAUGUGUUGUGCAACAUAGAAACACGAUGUAUGUAUAAUGUUCAUCUAAUUUAAAACAUUUAAAAUAAAAAAGGCAGACUAUAUAUUGGGAUAAGAUAGAAUGUAAUGAUUUGAGCGGCAGACGCAUAGGGCUGGAGUAUAAUAAAGGUUUGUUUUUUUUUGAAA